AUGAGUGCUGGUGGUACUCGCGGAGGCCAAGGUGGAGGUGUGGCGCAGCCGGAAGGAGAUCCACUGCACCAGCGCGGAGGAGGUCGUGGUACUCCUACUCCGCGGGAGCAGACGACGCGGAAUCUUCACCAUGACCAAGGAGCGACGUCGAAUCAGCAUGGUAAAAAUUCGCCGUCCUGUGUGGAUUCCCAGUUGCGAAGGGCUUUUCUGAUUGACAAAAUCGUACAUGUUCUGGAGAAAGUGGUCGAUGCGGAUUUGGUCUACGACUUAGAGUAUCCAACGCAAAUAUCGAUCUGGGUCUGGAAGAGUGCAAGUUUGUCAUGCUUGUGGUCUCACAUGACUCUUGAACCUGGAUUGCGUGAGCAGGAAAUAAAAAGCCCCUUGCUUGUCAUGCAAAAAUGUAGCUCGUCAUGCGGAAAACGAAACACUGAGGAGCCCAGAAACUUGUCAUGUGUGGCUGUCUAUUUUUGCAGUGCCCCCACAAUUCAUGAAUUAGCAUCACAAAUUUCAUCCAGACCCACACAUAUUUGCAAUGCAUACAGAGUCCCGGUCGGCCCGCCCCGUCCUGGUACUGGUUUCCUCCCGGAGUCCGCAGUUGUAUGUGGAGGUAAAGUAUCAAAUGCAAAAAUGUCUGGGUCUGGAAGAAUCCGAACUUGGGAUGCUGCAUUUGGAUUCCAAAAAAACCUGUCUUGCAAGACCAGUAUAAAGGGAAUGCAAUUUUGGCCACGCGAAGACGCAAAUUUGUCAUGCGGUAUAGGUAUCACGAGGCCCUCAAAAAGUCUGUGAUGCUAGGGCAUGCAUCACAGACAUCAUGUUCCAUGCAAAACGUGCAUAACAAGUCUCAGAAUCUUCCAGACCCAGACAUUUUUGCAUUUCAUUCAAAGAAGGCUUUCGAGGCACACGUGAGCCGGAAUUUGAAACGCCAAUGGUCCACCGCACAUCGGUAUCUUGAGAAAAAAGUGUUACAGUCACACUCUCGGAUGCAAGACAAGCAAGACAGACAACCUCUGUCGUGCAGGAAAUGUUUGCCAGCCUCAUUUCAUGGUGCAGCGUGUUUUCCCUUAUAGUCUGCGCAUUACAAGUUUUCUUUAUCAUGCAGAGCAACUUUGUGAUGCUGAAAUUACAACAAAUGUGUAAAAACUCUAAACACUUUUUUCCUGCGAUAAUCGGCGGUUCUGGGGCAUGCACAAAGACCUGGGCCGCAACGGGCAGCCAACCGGGGCGGAAAAUAAAAUUAAGGAGCGAGCGAUGCGACGGGGGCUCAGACGUAUGCAUUGCAAAUACAUCGUAGUCGUACUAAUCGCAUUCCUGCAUUACAAAUUUCUUUUUCAAGUUAAACCCCCAUUACAAAUUUCAUUUCCCAUGCUGAGGAAAUUUGUCAUGCGAUUUUUACUUAGUGCGAUACUUUUGCAGAGCAUAAGACGACAACAGCAGCAAAAUCUACAAGCGACCCAGUGGAUGCGC